AUGAGCAAGUUUACGUUUUAUGAGAGGAUCUCGAGAGCGUUCCGUGAUAAUCCUCAGCUCUCCAGAGUUCUCAUCGUCUCCACUAUAAGUGGAGGUGGUCUGGUGGCAUUCUCCAGUGCAAGUCCUUUCCCUGUUGCCCAUGCCGAUUCCCCUGCGCAUGGAUCCCCUAAAAAGAAGGUAGUGGUGCUUGGCACAGGGUGGGCUGCCACGAGCUUCUUGAAGAAUCUAAAGAGCUCCUCUUACGAAGUGGAGGUCGUCUCGCCCCGCAACUACUUUGCAUUCACUCCCCUGCUACCGAGUGUCACGAAUGGAACUGUGGAUGCCCGCAGCAUUGUGGAGCCAAUCCGCAACAUCGUCAACAAGAGGGGUCCACGCUGUGAAUUCAGGGAAGCUGAAUGUUACAAGAUCGAUGCAGCGAAGAAGAAAGUCUACUGUAAAUCCACUCAAGUGUCGAACUUGGGAGGGAAAGAAGAAUUCAGCAUAGACUAUGACUACCUAAUAAUAGCUGUCGGGGCACGAUCAAACACAUUCAACACUCCAGGGGUAGAGGAGAACUGCCAUUUCCUGAAGGAAGUGGAAGAUGCUCAGAGGAUUCGCCGGAAUGUGAUCGACUGCUUCGAGAGGGCUAGCCUGCCGAGUGUCAGCGAUGAUGAGAAGCGCAGGAUCCUGCAUUUUGUGGUUGUUGGUGGGGGUCCUACAGGAGUGGAGUUUGCGGCAGAGCUUCAUGACUUUGCGAUUGAAGAUCUUGCGGAAUUGUAUCCUUCAGUGAAAGAUCUUGUUAAGAUCACACUUCUUGAAGCAGGCGACCAUAUCCUGAACAUGUUCGAUAAGAGAAUCACCGCAUUUGCCGAGGAGAAGUUUCAGAGAGACAACAUUCAUGUGAAGACAGGGUCGAUGGUCGUGAAAGUAUCAGAGAAGGACAUAUCGACCAAAGAGAGAAGUACUGGUCAGACCGUUUCUCUCCCUUAUGGGAUGGUUGUUUGGUCUACCGGUAUUGGGACUCGCCCUUUCGUUAUGGAAUUUAUGAAGCAAAUGGGUCAGACUAACAGGCGAGUUUUAGCCACUGACGAAUGGCUUCGCGUUGAAGGGUCAGAUAGCAUAUAUGCUGUAGGAGACUGUGCCACCAUAAAUCAGCGGAAAGUCAUGGAAGACAUUGCAGUGAUUUUCGACAAGGCGGACAAAUCCAAGAGUGGGAAGCUGAACAUCACCGAUGCAAAAGAAGUUGUUACGGACAUAUGUGAAAGGUAUCCACAGGUGGAGUUAUACCUGAAGAAGAAAAAAAUGAAAAAUAUUGUCGAUCUGCUCAAGAACGCACAAGGAGAUGGAAGGAAGCACUUGGAUAUCGAAGUGUUCAAAUCGGCUCUCGGUGAAGUCGACUCUCAGAUGAAGAAUCUCCCAGCUACAGCUCAAGUAGCUGCUCAACAAGGUCAAUAUCUUGCAGACUGUUUCAAUCGCAUGGAGGAGUGUGAGAAGAAUCCUGAAGGCCCUCUCAGGUUCCGAGGAUCGGGCCGUCACCGAUUUCAUCCAUUUAGGUACAAGCAUUUUGGACAAUUCGCUCCACUUGGAGGAGAACAAGCUGCAGCUCAGCUUCCCGGAGACUGGGUUUCGAUUGGCCGUAGCACCCAGUGGCUCUGGUAUUCAGUGUAUGCAAGUAAGCAAGUGAGCUGGCGCACGAGAUUUCUAGUGGUCACUGACUGGGGAAAACGGUUCAUAUUUGGCAGGGACUCGAGCGGAAUCUGAGAGCUCGAUAUAGUUACGAGUCACUGGACAUUGGAAUGUUCACAACCGGAAAAUUCUUGUUCUAGUUUUGAAUUUCAUGCUUUUUUCUGCAAGUGUUCUUGGUAUUGUACAAGCAGGAUUACGUACCUAUAGCAAGUUUUCGUACGUGGCAACUGUUGUUUUAAAUGCCAUUUGGUCCUCCUGCAAAUUUUGUGCUCCUAAAGACAGGAUUAUGAAUUGAGCAUUACCUGUCCAUUCUC